AUGAAUCAUUUCAUUUUUUUUUGUUUUUUCUUACUUUCUAUGCGUGAACAAAUGGUUUUGGACGAAAAGAUUGUUGGCGUGGAAUUAAGCGCCAGUAAAAAACAAUUUAAAUGGCCUGUGAAUGACACCGAGAAGAAAGCAAAGGACAGUGAAGAUGAUGACAACGAAAGCAGUGACGAAAUGUCCGCUUUACAAAAGAUCUUUGUUGUUCACAGUGCAGUGCUUGGUGUUGGAGCCAAAGCUGAUCAACGAAAUUUAGUUCAUUUAACAAUCAAAGAUACGUCUGGUGAUAAAGUUAUUCUCGAUCAGCCCAUUCUUUCUUUGUCAGUUAACAAAAACGAUUCGAUCUCAGCGUUUAAUCUUCGUGUUUCACUCAGUGAGACAACUGAAGUGACAUUUAAACUAGUCGAAGGCGAUGGACCAGUUCAUUUAAUAACUUCGAAAAUACUUGAACCUCCAUUCGAUUUCGGUGGUUAUUCAUCGGAUGAUGAUGAAGAUCAAUUUGAUAAUAUGAGUGUAACAAGCGAUGAAGAUGUUCCUCAAAAUGCUGGUGAUCGAAAAGUACAACUGAAUUUAACAGAAAAAUCAUCGAAAAAAUCCAAAAAACAUGCAGCAGGAUCAGCAAAUAGUCAUGCAAACAAUAACAGUUCAGCUGAAGCACAACAACAGAAGAAAAAACGAAAGAAAGAUGAAUAA